CAAAAAGCGAGCUGUAGGUGGUCGACGGUGGUAGUUUUUGCCCUUAUUUAAAAAUUCGUGAACUCCACCACCGUUUUUUAAAUAAUCUGUUUAAUUACAGCGACUCACAGGACCAAAUUUCACCGUUAUAGCGAGCUAAAUCAUACGGUUAAAAAUCAUGUGAAUUACAAGCAGCAAAGGAGCAAAAUAAACAGUUAGGCUAUGGUUGUAAAACUGCCGUUGAAACGGAAUGUCCGCAUUCUCCUGGUGGGCGAUCGAGGUGUCGGCAAGACGUCGUUAAUCCUAUCGCUCGUCAGCGAGGAGUUCCCCGAAACUGUACCCGCCAAGGCCGAGGAGAUCACGAUACCCGCCGACGUUACGCCCGAACAGGUCCCGACCAACAUUGUGGAUUACUCGACCAUCGAGCAAACGGACGAUCAGCUCAAUGAUCAAAUUAAGAGAGCCAGCGUCAUUUGUGUGGUGUACGCCGUUGAUAAUGACGACUCCUUAGACCGUGUGUCGACCUACUGGUUACCGCUGAUUCGACAACAUCAUCCCGAUUACACCUGCCCGGUGGUGCUUGUCGGGAACAAAAUUGAUCUGGUCGACUACUCGACUAUUGAAGGUGUCUAUGCGUUAAUGGAAGAUUAUGCGGAGAUAGAAACUUGUAUCGAAUGCUCUGCAAAAACCUUAAAAAAUAUAUCAGAAAUGUUUUAUUACGCACAAAAGGCCGUUUUGCAUCCCACCGGUCCACUGUAUAACGUUGAGAAAGCAGACUUAACCGAGGGUUGUCAGAAGGCGUUAAUUCGUAUAUUUAAAAUUUGUGACAUCGAUAAUGAUGGACUAUUAAACGAUAUAGAGCUUAAUAAUUUCCAAAGUAGGUGCUUUAAUGCGCCAUUGCAACCGCAAGUAUUAGACGACGUGAAAGGAGUACUGAGGAAGAACCUCGACGAUGGGAUACAUCACAACAGUGUCACGUUAAAGGGAUUCCUCUACCUUCACAGUUUAUUUAUUCAAAGAGGUAGAAACGAAACCACCUGGACUGUGCUGAGGAAGUUUGGGUAUAAUGAUAAUUUGCACGUGUCCAAGGAUUACUUGUUUCCAUUGUUGAAGGUCCCUUCGGGUUGUACGACAGAGUUAUCCUACAGAGGGCAGCAGUUUCUAUCGCACAUGUUCGAGAGGUACGACAAGGAUCGAGACCAGGCGCUCUCGCCAAGGGAGUACGAGGACUUAUUCUCGACGUGCCCCACGCCGGCUUGGGCCAGUGACGUCAGCGCGAUGGUGCCGACAAACGAGAGGGGCUGGAUAACAUAUCAGGGGUAUAUGUGUCAGUGGGCGCUAAUGACGCUCGUCGAUUUGCCGCGCGCGUUCGAAUAUCUCGCCUAUCUCGGCUAUAAUAUUUACGAAAAUGAUUGUCAAGUGACUGCUGUGCAAGUGACGAGGGAGAAAAAGUUGGAUCUGGCCAAAAAGCAAUCAAGUCGGAACGUGUAUCAGUGUCACGUUAUCGGGCCGGCGUCUUCUGGAAAAUCGCUAUUCUGUCGGAAUUUUAUUAGGUCACCUACAGAUAAAAACCCGCGAGUUGAUAUCACUGGAAGUCCCAACUGCACUGUAAAUAUGGUCCAAGUCUACGGUCAAGACAAAAUAAUGGUCCUUCGCGAUAUAAACGUGCGAAACGUCUCCGAUCCCCUACUCCCCCACGAAGUACAGUGCGACGUCGCCUGUCUAGUUUAUGACGUAAGCAACCCGAAAUCCUUCGAGUACAUCGCGCGGAUUUACAUUAAAUACUUCGCCGAAAGCAAGAUACCCGUGCUGGUCGUGGCGGGCAAAAGCGAUCUGCCGGAGGAGAAGCAGGACUAUCUGCUCCAACCGCAGGCGUUCUGCGAGAAAUAUCGAAUACUGCCUCCGCAGCCUUUCAGCGCGAAAGGACACGUGCGGAAGGACGUUUACGUCAAGCUGGCCACGAUGGCCGCAUUCCCUCGAUUUCAAGCGGCGUGGAUAUUGUUUUAUAGACACAGUCCACUGCGUCGCAUGGUUCAUAUGCUAUUAUUACGACCUCAACCAUCAGAAUGGUUUAAUCAAUUUUACAGGAACAUUCGGAACUUCGGUCUCGUGCCUACUGAUACGACCGCCUGGUGGAAAGCUGGAAUUGGUAUCGCAAUCGCCACCGCCUUCGGAUUUUUCGUCGUGAAAGUAUUAAAUACUACCGAGAGAGUUUUGAGGUAGUGUAAACGAGGCGGAAGUCGAAAAAUGUACAAAUUCAUUUUUAAUCCAAUUGGUGUAGAUCGUGUUUAAAUAUUAGGGCAAAGUUGGUCGCCUAGUAUGUAAUAUAGGAGGUAGAGGUCGCCAAAUUUGACACUAAUAUUUGAGAAAUUCUGUAGGAAUCGACAAUAUUAUUUUUGUAUACUAACCGUUUUAGUCUUAAGUUUGUAAAUUAUGUAAGAUUUGACAUCACGUACGGCGGCGUUUGUCUUAUUUUGUCUAGUCUUAAGGUGCGUUGUUGUAGUAGUUAGUUUAUAACUAAUUUAUUGUGUUGUUGCUUUUUGUUAUCAGUUAAAUCAAAUCUGAUUUUAAAAUUUUCAAAAAAGUCGGAUGUGUUCUGUAAUGGGUAAGGAUGAUUGCUUGUGUGUGUGAUACCGGUGAAUUAGUUGUAGAGCAAAAAUAUUUAAAUAAUAUAGAUUUUAAGCGAAAUUGUUACAUGAACACAUCCUAAAGUUAUAUUUUUCUAAUCAUUAAGGGCAAUUUUUAUCCCGUGUUACUUAUAUUGUGCCGAUUUGUUGAUAGUAGUACCAGUUGGAAUAAAUUUGUGCAAUUUCA